GCCCCUUCCUCCGCCCUCGGAACCGACCCGCUGCCCUCAGCCCCCGUCCGCGUCUUUCGCCCAACCGAAGACCCCCGUCCUCUCCCUCUUCCAUUGCUCGGAGAGUUCUCGGGGCUGAUCUGCCUUUUGGAACCGGAAGUACUGCAGAGGUCUAAGAGGGUCAGGGAGGGGACAGCGAUUUGUGCACCUCCCAGACUGGAACCAAGGUGCUCCUACGACCUUUGCUGUGCUUAGACCCAGGUAGUACCCACGGGAUCGCCCAGCCUCUGGCAGCUCAACGUGAAGGCGUGAACUCAGCUUGCUUCAGAGCCUCCCCACCAUGACAUCCAAGAAGCUGGUGAACACGGUGGCAGGCUGUGCCGACGAUGCCCUUGCUGGCCUGGUGGCCUGCAACCCCAACCUGCAUCUCUUGCAGGGCCACCGCGUGGCCCUCCGUUCUGACCUGGACAGCCUCAAGGGCCGCGUGGCACUGCUGUCAGGUGGGGGCUCCGGCCACGAGCCUGCCCAUGCCGGUUUCGUAGGGAAGGGGAUGCUGACAGGGGUCAUCGCAGGAGCCGUGUUCACCUCCCCGGCGGUGGGCAGCAUCCUGGCAGCCAUCAGGGCAGUGGCCCAGGCAGGCACAGUGGGGACCCUCCUCAUCGUGAAGAACUACACUGGGGAUCGGCUCAACUUCGGCCUGGCCCGGGAGCAGGCCCGGGCUGAGGGCAUCCCCGUGGAGAUGGUGGUCAUCGGGGAUGACAGCGCCUUCACCGUCCUGAAGAAGGCAGGCAGGCGGGGACUCUGCGGCACAGUGCUCAUACACAAGGUGGCAGGUGCCCUGGCUGAGGCAGGUGUAGGGCUGGAGGAAAUCACAAAUCGGGUGAGCGUGGUUGCCAAGGCCAUGGGAACCCUGGGAGUGAGCUUGUCCUCCUGCAGCGUCCCUGGCUCCAGACCCACCUUUGAGCUCUCACCGGACGAGGUGGAGCUAGGCCUGGGGAUCCACGGGGAAGCUGGCGUGCGCCGGAUAAAGAUGGCAUCCGCCGACGAGAUCGUGACACUCAUGCUCGACCACAUGACGAACUCCUCCAACGUGUCCCAUGUGCCCGUGCAGUCUGGCUCCUCGGUGGUGCUGAUGGUCAACAACCUGGGUGGCUUGUCAUUCCUGGAACUGGGUAUCAUGGCCGAUGCGGCUGUCCGCUCUCUGGAGGGCCGCGGGGUGAAGAUCGCCCGUGCCCUAGUGGGCACCUUCAUGUCCGCCCUGGAGAUGCCUGGCAUUUCUCUCACCCUUCUGCUGGUGGAUGAGCCUCUCCUGAAACUGAUCGAUGCUGAAACCACCGCAUCAGCCUGGCCCAACGUGGCCAAGGUCUCUGUGACCGGGCGGAAGCGGAGCCGGGCAGCCCCUGCCGAGCCUCUGGAGGUCCCCGAUUCCACUGCCACAGGAGGCUUAGCCUCGAGGCAGACGGUGCUUGUGCUGGAACGAGUGUGCGCCACCCUCCUGGGCCUGGAGGAACAUCUGAAUGCCCUGGAUCGAGCUGCCGGCGACGGGGAUUGUGGCACCACCCAUAGCCGUGCUGCCAGAGCAAUCCAAGGGUGGCUGAAGGAGGGUCCACCCCCUGCCAGCCCUGCCCAGCUACUCUCCAAACUGUCUCUCCUGCUGCUGGAGAAGAUGGGAGGCUCCUCUGGGGCGCUCUAUGGCCUGUUCCUGACUGCGGCGGCCCAGCCACUCAAGGCCAAGACAGACCUGCCAGCCUGGUCUGCUGCCAUGGAUGCCGGCCUGGAGGCCAUGCAGAAGUACGGGAAGGCUGCUCCAGGGGACAGGACUAUGCUGGAUUCCCUGUGGGCAGCAGGACAGGAGCUCCAAGCCUGGAAGAGCCCAGGGGCCAAUCUGUUCCAUGUUUUGACGAAAGCAGUCCAGAGUGCGGAGGCUGCAGCCGAGGCCACCAAGACUAUGGAAGCGGGAGCAGGGAGAGCCAGUUACAUCAGCUCUGCGCGGCUGGAUCAGCCGGACCCUGGGGCAGUGGCCACGGCCGCCAUUCUCCGGGCCAUCCUGGAGGCCCUGCAGCAGGAGGGUGUGUGAGCGCCUCCUGGGCCUCUGUGCCCCUCUCACCGCGGCUCAGCGGUGGCCACUGGCAGUUCCUCCUGUCUUCCAGCUGUGACCCUCCCUGUCCCCUUGCCCCCAGGGCCUGUCCUGAGUUUGGCAGGGAACCCUCUACCAACCUCCAGAAUUCCUACAGAAACUGCAGGCCCAGAGUGGGUCAUGUACCACCUUAGCGCUGCCCUUUCCCUCUUCAGGGAGGUGGAAUUCUGGGGUCAUGCUGCUCUGCCCCAGCCACCUCGAGGCCUCAGUGAUAGGCAUUUUCCUUGGGUGGCAACAUGGCCUUUAACUGGCCAUGCUAAUUUGGUUUUAAGGCUUCCUGUGAAAGGCCUUCCGACCUUGACCCUGAGCCAAUGUGAAAAACAAGCAAAUAAACCACAUGGAAGCAAGA